UCUCCAGCUCUGCCUGUGUCACAUGGAAGCACAGUAGCCGAGCCGAGGGGAUGCGAGUACAGAUGGAGGGGGCUUGAGGGACUCUGGUGGAGAAACCCUGGCACUUGGAGGUAAUAUUGGACAUCCAGCGGCGGCAGGUCGGACUCUUCCCAGCCUCCCUUCUGGCUGGGGAGCGGAGGAGCGCAGGGAUCGGGGCGCACAAGCGGGUCAGCGGGCGCGCAGAGGAUGUCACAUGCAAUAUGCUGCAUUCGUGUUCCGUGAAGCCCAAGAACGCCAAGUUAUCGCCUUUGAUUGAUUAUGCUCGCGGGCAGCGGCUGGUCCGUGUGGAAGCAGAAGGACGCGACCAGGGUUGACGCUGCGCCUCCCAAAAUCUCCGAGCUGAAUCCCAGUGACACCGUGGCACUUCCCUGCGUGCAUGAGUUGUAAGGGUGUGAGUGUGAGUGUGUGAGAGCAAGUGAGCGCCAGCGCUCCCACAUGGCCUCCAUGCAGGACGGGCUGAACUUCACGGCUCCUCCCUACGGCAAGGUCCUGCUGCUGGGCGCUAUCGCUGCUGCCUCAGCCUUUGUUGUCACGAUCCUCAUCGUGGUGCUCUGCGUGGGCUGCCAGAGGAAGGGGAAGACACACAAUGUUCCCGGCGAGGGUGGAAAACACCGUCUCAUGGACAUGGGUAUACUCAGGCAGUCGAAGCUGCGGUCCAUCAGCAAAUCAGACACUGAGAUGAACAAGAUGAACUGCAAUGGCAAAAGCAGGCAGCUUCCCCAGAUCCCCUCUGGGACUGGAGAGGACGGAGAGCACACUUACUCAGAAGUGGGCCGACGCUCCUCCACCACACGUACUGACGAUGCCCUCUACGCCAUGGUAGGCAGGGCCGGGCAGACGGACACGCCGGCCCCUCCGGCAGUCCCUGCCAACACCCCGGCUCCUCCUGACCCAGACGGGGACGUGGAAGGAGGGCUGCCCGAACCCGAGGCCCAGGUCAUGUCUCCACCUCACCAACCAGAGACGGCCGAGUACGCCUGCGUCCGGAAGCUGAGGAAGGCAGACAAGGCGCCCCAAAAGAGGGACAGCGGGACGGAUAUGGGGGAGCCGCCGGCGCCGCCUCCAAGACACGCCCCGCCGUCGCAUCCCGCCCCUCCUCCACCACACCCUCACAGCACGAAGUUGCCCCGCAGAAACGUGGAUGCCUUCAAUGUCCCGUCAUUCCCAAAGGCAAUAGCUUCACAUCUUCCUGAUCAGCCUGGACAGCAUCAUCGUGUAGAGGUGAACAGGAUUCAGUUUUUUGGGCAGACGGAAGUGAUGACUGGAGGGGAGAGAAAGUUAACAGAAGUGAUGUUUAUGGGCAACGGAGAGCAGUACAUCUGGAAGCCUCCAGAGGACGAGGAGAUGCUCAUGCACCAAAAUAAAGUCCUGGGACCGCUGGGUGCUCACACAGUGGAGAAUAUACAACCGUCUGCUGCUGUGGUGGCUGAGAUGUACUCAAAGGUGUGUAAACCAGGAAAGAAGAAGCGAGCUGUGCCGGGGUCUCCCCCAGCCAAUCCGGGCUUCCGGACCUUGGGUCGUGGUGACCGGGACCGAGACCGGGACGGGGGGUUUAGUGUAGUGGUCAAACCCCAGACGUGGGCCCUUCAGGAAGGCAAAGCGGUCGGAGGGCCCCUUGACGACCACUGCUACGAGUCCAUCGGGACGGAGGAGUGCGAUCUGGCCUACGAGAACCUGGAAGGUGGAGGUGCCUGGAAGCGGGAGAGGCCCCCCAACACUUGUGCCACCCUGCGGCCGAGGAGGAAGAAAGCCCAGCAGCCCUUGCAGCAGCAGCAGCCGCCUCCGCCGCCGCCUACGCAGCAGAACCCCAAGUUACAGCACCUGCCUGCCAAAGCCCUGCUGCUGCCGGGGGAGAACCUGUACGAGAGCAUCGGCGACCUGAAGCAGGGCUCCGCCACCUCCAGCACCACCACAAUCUUCACUUUCAACGAUGGCAUGGAGAUGUAUGUAACAGGGCUCUGAGGCGGCGGCUGCACUGUGACCCCGAUCCUUCCAACGCAAGGAGCUGAGCGAACGCCACGAGGAGUGACGGCUGAGCCCCUGUCAUGCUCACCCACACAUACUGUUUACAUUCAAGUCAUAACAUCAUGCCUUUCACAGGCUCGGAGGCCUUGGGGCAGUAAUGUUGAUCUGUUAUGACCUGGGCUGAAUACAAAGUCCAGUCUAUAAACCUUAUAAUGAAUCCAAAGGUAGUGAAUAAUAAAUGAGCACAAGACCAUUGCAGAGCAAUCUGUAGGUGACAGUAGCACUUCUAUUUUACUGAUACAUAUGUGCAAAGCACAAUAAAGUAAAAAAAAAAAAAGCCUAAAUUCUUCCUCAAUUCUAGCAGGUAAAAAUAGAUAUUUACCUGGUCCUAUAGCAGGACUCCUGUUUGGGGGAAAGACACGUCAUUGUGUGAAAUCUUUUGGUAGCACUUAGUCUGUCAUGAGCAGGCCUUCCCUGUAGUUAGUCAAGAUGUGAUUCAGGACGGCAUCUAAAUGAUAUAAAGGAAUGAAUUACUAAUCAAAAUGCUUGAAAGCUCAGGGACCAAGAGAAUCAAUUAUGAGAGUAUUAUAAGAAAAAAUAAAAUUGCACACAUUUUGCAUUCCUCCUCAAAGCUUCGACUAAUUUAGACCAUCAUCGUAUUGAAAGAGCGAGCGUAUACUUCCCUCUGUCACGUUUCGUUUCAUCCUACAUGGACUGAACACUGUCUCCACUGCCGUCUGUAAAUGAAGUGUUUUACUUUGUUGAUCCUGUUUCUGCACUUUGCCUGCUACAAGUUGCAUGCUAAAAAAGUGAAAAAAAAAAAAAACAAAAAACAAAAAACAAAAAAUCAAGCACUGUCAUGUGGUACCUCUAUAUGAAUGUUUUUUUAUUUUGAUUUAAUCGUUGUUGGUUGUUUAUUUAUUUUAUUUAUUUUUUAUUAGUGUGUUGCUUUAUUUCUCUGUAGAGCACAAGGCCAGUUAGAUGGAGGACGUGUUUGGCUCAGUGGGACUCUGUGCAGCAGAGAGGAGAGGUAACGCUCUCUCUUUGCCUGCCGCUCACACGGUACAGAUGAAUCAAGACUAAAGAGAACUGCUCACGUGCUAAAGGUGGAGACAGACCACUCAUCCGCCCGCCGCCACACUCACACACACACACACACACACACACACACACACACUUGUGCACACACAUACACACACCCCUCUCCUGCUCAGUCCUCACUCAUACCUGUGGACCGUCCGUCUACGUAGUCCCCCCCGCCUUGUGGUCAUAUGAAUCUGCUUGGAUUUCACCAUAGUGCAGCUCGGAAAGCUACAGUAGAACUGAUGUGUAUUAGCAAACGUUCAUGUCUCAUCGUCACUCCAUCGAUGAAAAACUCACUCUCUCUCUCUCUCUCUCUCUCUCUCUCUCUCCUCACUCUCUGUUAUCAGUGUUAAAAAUAUUGCAGAAAUGACAAAAAUGUGAAGCAAAAUGGUUUCCGCUAAGCAGCAGAGCAUCACCUGUGAAAGGAUAACACACACACACACACACACACACACACACACACACUCAAAAAUUGCAUCCAGAUCCUGGACAGUAACGUUGAUUUCCAUUCGACCAAAUAUUCCCCCGCAAAAAAACAAAAAACAAAAAAACAAUGUGAUUAUACUGUAUGUUGAUGCAAUGUGUAUGUACAUUACAAAAGAGAAAGAAUAAUAAAUAUAUCAUCAGUGUCAAGAAAUCUAUCUUUUUCUAUUACGUUUAAUUGUGUUUUGGAAUGACUUAUCUUGUGACACAAAAACUGCAAAAACAGCUGCAAUGUAAAUUUUCAGUGUAUUCUGUUUGUUGUUUUUUGAAGCCAUGAAGCUAACGGUGUGUUCUUGGAAAAGCCCAGCUAAGUUAAAUGUGGCAGCUAAUGUUGUGUGUUUGCUAUUCAGACUACAGGGUCUUGUACUCAGAAGCGUGUAAUUAAGUGCUAAGUGCAAAAGAUUGUAAUGUUUUAUAUCAAGAUUACUAUUCAUGAAAUGUCAGUCAAGUUUAUACUUUUGUAAUAAAGUGGCACUUUAAA